AUGUUAAUAACGAGAUAUGGAUUAAGAUUGAAUAAUAAGACAUUUAUUCGUCCAUUUUCAAUUACAUCUAUUAUUAAAUCUCAUAAAGGAUCAUUUAGAACUAGUGAAGAUCAAAUAGAUACUAAUGAUAUUACUACUGAUAAUAAUCCUUAUUCUCCAACAUUAUAUGAUGAUAAAGUAUUUGUAUUAAAACCCAAUAACUUCUUUAAGACUCAAUUACCUGAUAAUUAUCGAUUAUCUUAUCUGCCAUUAUAUGAAUCACCUGGUGCAAAAUAUAUAUCAUUAUUAAAAAGAUUAACAAUAUCAUUUGGAGUAUUAGGAAUUUAUGGAGCUAAACUAUUCUUUCAAUCAGAUUCAUUUGAUGAUUUAUAUGGUUAUAUUGUAAUGGCUACAACUUCAUUACCUGCAAUUCUUGUUCAAUAUAAAACAAGAGAUUAUGUUACAAGAAUUUUUAGAUUAUAUGAUAAGAAUAAACCUCAAACUUUAGAAAAUUUAGUUAAUAAUGAACAAUUAAUCAUGGAGAAAUUAAAUAUACUUGGUGGUACUACUUUUAAUGAAUUAUUAACCAUUUCGAAUAAUAAAAGUUUGAAAUUAUCUCCAUCUAAGUAUAGAUUAUUAAAACCUUAUUCAACUUGGGAAGAAAUUGAUCCUGAAACUAAAAGAAAGAGGAAAUAUUUCGUGGUUGAUAAUAUCGGAGGUAUAAAAAUGGAUAGAGUUUGGGGUAUAAUAGAAAAGAAUAGUGGAAUUAAUAAUGGUAGAUCUGAUUAUUAG